AUGAAGCUUAAAGUUAUUGUGGAGAAACCGGUCGAGUUACGGAAAUGUUUGAGUUUUCUGGUGUCGUUACGGAAGAUGUGUGUUUUCCGGUUCACGGAGCACCAGUUGGUCAUUAUUUCGUCUGCAUUGAACGAGCCUACUGUCUGGUGUAAGUUGGACUCGAGCGUGUUCCAAUUGUACGAGGUGGACUCCACAAGAGACAAGGUUAUUCCGUUCGAGAUCAACAUCGAGCCGUUGUGCCAGGUUUUGCGGAACUACGAGAAGUCGAACGUGACGAGCAACCUGGUGAUCCGGCUGCAACGACGGCCGUCAAACGGGAUGGAGGUGAAGAACAAGGCUGUCGCGUCGCUGGCGUUGUUUUACACGGAACAGAUCUCGAUGAGCUCGAACGUUAGCCACUCGUUCAACGUGCCGGUGCGGCUGCUGAAAAUGGACAGCGACCUGCGAAUCGUGGAGCCCGCGAUGGAUACCAUGAAAUUGGCCAUGAAGCUGCCGAUGCGGAUCGCGCCGCUUCUGCGUCGUCUGGACAGAUAUAGGACGUCCGACCUGGUCACCAUCACGGGCAACCAGCUGGGCCAGCUCAAGUUCGUCAUCGAGGAGGAACAGCGCAAGAUCGUGGUCCAGUGGAAAGAGAAGCUGGACGUGCUGCCCGACCAGGACGAAUCACCGCCGCAGAGCUGGGACUCCUCGGUGAUGCGCCCGGUGUCGCUCAAAGUCAAGCUCAAGCACUGGAACGUUGGAUCGCACCUGAUGGACAUGUGCGACGCGAUGUCGCUGAUUGUCCACGCGCAAGGAGGCAUUCUGCACUGCUACAUCGAUAUGGACCAGAAAUGCGAUAUUGCAUACUAUCUAAACGGCUACCAGACAGAUUAG